AUGAUGAAAUAAUUCAGUAUGUAUCAAGUCUACUUCACAUCUAUACCUCGCCUGUGCUAUUAGGUUAUGUUGCUUGCAUCGUACAAAAAUGGUUAAUUUGUAUAAAUGAAAGGUAUUUUUAUUUUGAAAGAUGAGUCUCGUUGCAUACGGAAGCAGCGAUGAAAGUUCAGACGAGGAAGGAAACAAGUGUGAAACAGGGAACGUUAACAAAACUACAGAGGAACUUGUAAUUAAACAAACAAAUGACAAGCUGUGUUUACCUGCCCCUAAACACGAUGAAAUCGUAGAAGAGGUUAGGGAAAAUGGCGAGAAAAUACAUUUUGAUAAAUUACCCAAACCGAAAAGUUUAUUUGCCGAGCCAGAAAAUGUUAUAGAAGAUGAUGAUAUUCCUCCGAAAAAAGAGGAAGAAUUUAAACCUGAAAAACCGAUUAAAAAGAAUCGUGCUCCAGUUAAAAUAACUGUUCCCUCUUUAUCUGAAUUCAAAGAUGUGGAAGAAGAAGAUGAAGCAAGGGCCAAUAGAAUUAGACCUUCCACUAAAGGUACCAAACUUUUUGCACUUCUGCCACUACCAAAGGGAGCUGAAGUCAAGUCUACUAAUAAUUUAAUUCCUAGUGUUGUUAAUAAAACGAAAAUACAUCAGAACAAACCUUUGGUAACUAAAGAUACGAAAGGUUCAAUUGCAAAUAAAGUAAUGAAAGUUACUCCAAUGAAAAGUUCUAUAGGUAUAGAUUAUGAGUCAAAUUCUGAAGACGAAGAUGGAGUUCCUGUAAGCGGUACUGAAUCUGGCACUGAUUUUUUUGCUCUAUCAGUCACCGAUACUCCUGUUAUAUCCGAUGCUUUAAUGAACGAACUAAGCUUGAAGAAAGAAUCAAAUGAAAUUGAUCCUUCGCUUAAAGACGAUGCGAGUAACGAGCAUUUACCUAAUAGUUCUGCCAAAACAGCAGAAGCUAGUAUUGCCUCCCAGAAGACAUUAGUGAGUAAUAUCAUGAAUUUACCAAAAGAAGAAAUACUACUCAAAAAUAAAGCUGAGGUGGGCCCAAAAUUACCUAUACCAGAACAAGAAUAUAAUGUUGAUACCGAAGGCAAUGUGGCUUUUGAUGAGAAAGCUAUCGAAUACCUCUGUGGAAAACGAAGUAUAAAGAGAAAAGCUAAAGAAAUCGAUGAAUCAAGUAUUAUUGAAAUAAAUGGCGAAGAUAUCAAACCAGAUGAACGAGAAUGGUUGGUGAAAGCAUUAACAGAAGAGCCUGUCCAAAGACCGGUUUCCAUGAUGGGUGGAGUAAAUUCACAAUCUAAAAAGAAGCAUCAAAUUACGUAUUUGGCUCACCAAGCUAAAGCAAUGGAAAUGGAGUUAAAGAAUCAAUGGGCACAAAACAGGAUGACCAGAAAACAAACACAAUCGAAAUAUGGGUUUUAAAUCAUACACAUUUGUAUAAAAAAUAUAAAUAUAAUAUCGUUUAUUAUUGUAUAAAAAUUAGAUUAUUUGUAUGAGGAA